CUCCAUUAGUAUAAGCCUUAUGAUUGGAUAUGAUGCUUUUGGUACAGAUUACACUAUAAACUUCGAUAGCCGACAGCAAUCAAAAAGCUGGACGUGCUACUGGCUUCGUUGCUCGAUACUCGAUUAUCAGGCAUUGCAUACACUAGAGUCUGGUUCAGUGAUUAGACCAAACAGAAACAACUUGCUACGGCGAGCACAAGUUCAUUUUAGUGUCGUUGGCAGUUAACAUCCGAACUUCCAGCCGUUAAUUCGGCGGGUAUCAAGUGCAGAAAAAAAAAGGAAAAAGAAAUCAUUUAGCAAAAAGAGAAAAGCUAUUUGACAGUAUAAGAUGAAGGGACAUCAGAUCAUAGUUUCUGUAUUUAAUGUUGCAAUUGUCUUGUUGUUGGUCUUCGACAGUGCCCACAGCGAUUCUCGUCGAUCGUAUGAGGAACCCCGUGCUUCUUCAUCAGGAAAUUGGAAGUGGCCUCUAAAUCAAAACAAUGCAAUGGGAGAAACCAGAUCUUUGACGAAGAUGAACACAGCUAAAAAUGGUAACAUCGCAUUUCUUGCUGAACAUACCGCACAGAUACAACCGAGGGUGGGAUCAGUAAUACCUUCUUGUAAAGGGCAGAGCUACUGUGAAGAUGUUCCAAAUUAUCCUACGAAUUUGGUGAAAGAUAUCAUUGCCAGAAAUCCACAUCUUGUAAAUUAUACUUCUGUUGACGUGAUAGAUAUGCUCAAACCCAGGCUAGGAGAAGAUUCUGUUGAGACAGAAUCGUUUUGUGCAUCAUCUGAGCAUGUCGUCCUUCCGAAAACGGCGGAAAAUAUGAACAAUGAGUGGAAGUAUAUCCUUAACAACGAAGAAUUGAAACAGGGAGUACGUAUAGAAAAAUGCAUUAACGAAGGCCAACGCUGCAGCAUAACCAGUGGCAUACCAAUGGGUUACGAAACCACAUGUAAACAAAAGUUCGUUUAUAAUCAAUUGCUAGGCCUAGAGGACGAUGGUUCGGUUGCCUACCAGCAUUUUCGGUUUCCAUCUAGUUGCUGUUGUCACGUCAAAUUCAUCGGCACUUCGAUACGGAUUGGCGGUAGAUUUUCUUCUCCAGAGGACAAUCCCAAUAAUCUGAAACAUUAAUAUAAAAAGUAGCAUGGAUCUUAAUCAUUAGACAUUUGUUAUACGUUGCCUUAAAUGUUUUAAUAUAAUUUAUUCCCUAUAAUAUGAAAAGUGACAGAAAAUAUGACAAUAAAUAUAACAGAAUUUAAAUAUGGCGGCAAGACGAACGAAGAAGAUAUAAUAUAUGUAAAGUACGAGAAAACAAUAAAAAGCAAUAGUUCUUCAGAAA